AAAAGUAGGAUGAGCUACACAGGCUUAGCAUUUGCCAAUGUUAUGCAAAGUACAACCCCCUGCUCCAGGAUAUUACCUCUCACCCUGGGGAGAGAAUUCUGGCAAAGCAUUUUUGCCCCAUGGAAAGCACUCUUCAGACUGUCAAACUGAGAGAGUAUUCAUUUCAACAGUUUGGAUCUAAUUCAUAACUUGAACCUAAAGUACAUUGACAAAAGAGUAACUAUAGAUAAGGAUAUCUGGUUUUUCACUGAAGAGCUUGGAAUCUGCUAAAAAGUCCCAAAGAAAGUGUUCUCCAGAGUCCAGGCACGAGCAGAUCUUCACCAGCUCACUGAAAGCUACAUACACUGUUCUGGGCAAGAAUGGAGACUUUGCAGGCUACUUUUUUUUUGUUUGUGUUUGUACCUUUGGUAAAUCCAGCACCACCUCUACAGCAAGAAUCACUCCAGUUUUAUGACUAUGAAACAGAUGUUUCCAUGGGAAGCCUGAUCCAACAAGAUUAUGAAAUGCAAUCCAAGGAUAUAAGAAAGGAUGGAAAAAACGUUUCUCUUGACACUUCCCUAAUACUGCAAAGUGAUGACAGCCAACUCGACGUCCCACCAACAAAGGACACAAACCUGCCCACGUGUUUGCUGUGCGUGUGCCUGAGCGGCUCCGUGUACUGCGAGGAGAUCGACAUCGAGGCCGUGCCCCCCCUGCCCAAGGAAACCGCUUAUCUUUACGCUCGCUUCAACAAGAUCAAAAGGAUUGCAGCCUCAGACUUCGCCGACAUUACUACCUUGAGAAGAAUCGAUUUUAGUGGAAAUAGGAUAGAAGAAAUAGAAGAUGGAGCCUUUUCAAAGCUUCUGCUGUUGGAAGAACUUUCUCUUGCUGAAAAUCGACUUGUAAAACUUCCUGUUCUACCUCCCAAACUAACAACAUUUAAUGCAAACCAAAACAGAAUCAAGAGCAGAGGAAUCAAAGCAAAUGCUUUCAAGAAGCUCACAAAUUUGGCCUACCUCUACUUAGGACACAACGCACUGGAAUCUGUUCCCCUGAACUUACCGGAGAGUCUGCGCAUUCUUCACCUUCAGUACAACAACAUCACCACCAUCACGGAUGACACGUUCUGCAAGUCCAACAACACGCGCUACAUCCGCACCCGGAUGGAUGAGAUAAGGAUGGAGGGCAAUCCCAUCGUCCUGGCAAAGCACGUCAAUGCCUUCUCCUGCCUGAGGAUGCUGCCCGUGGGGACCUACUACUAGCACUGCUCGUGUCAUUCCACAUGCCAAAGCCAGGCAUAGUAACGAGGAUCACUUCCUCUGUUUACAAGUUCAUAUCCUCUCCUUACUAAUGCUCUUUUCCCCGCAUACCCAGGACCUUCUGCUAUGUUGAAACAUUCUCCUCUGAAAUAACCAUUUCAAACCAGUCACUUUAGUAGUUACAGCAUCCCUCAUGCUUUCAGAAUCUUUUCUGUUAAUGAAAGUGUAAAAAUAUAUAUAUAUGCACACACAUCAUCUCAUUUUUUAUUUCACCACACACUCUUUAGGUAAAAUCACACAAAAGUGCUUGUUCUCAUUCUUUACCAGCACUCAGAACAAUCACCACGUUUUACUUUCAGAUAAAUGCAAGAUAUUCUUUGAGCAAGCCAAAGAGGAAAAAUACUUCUGAAUUCCAGUUCCACUCUUUUAAUCUGAAAUGCAAUCUUUUCAGUUGACCUUCAAAGGUGUAUUGGAUGAAGAUGCAUAUGGGAGAAAGUUAUGUUUAGAAACAGAACUUCUCAAAGCUUAAAUUCAUUAACGUUCCCUUUAAAACUUGAUUUGUGGUAAAUGAGAGUAACUCCUAUUCAGGUUUAGUACACCAAGCAACAUAGCAACUGGAACUUUCCAACGAUGUUUUAGAUUUCCUUCUACUAUUUUGCUUUGAAAAAUCACAUGUGUUUUAUUUUUACACAAGGUAUUUUUAAGUGAAAUACAUCUGUUUUGCUGAGCUGUUCUCACAAGAGCUGUUUUUGCAAGACCAGCUUCCCAUUUUAAAACAACAAUCUAAGUACAGCAUAAGAGACUCAAAUAUCUUAGUUAUUAACUAAUGAUGUAGACCAGCCCUUGGUUCCACAGCUUCUCUUGACAGGAAAUGUGACAAUAUAGUUAAGAGCAAAGCUGAAUUCAUGUGUUUACCUGUAAAUAAGUAUGAUUUCAUCUAGAUUUCAGUGCAAAGAAACAGAAUUACCCUUGUACAACAAUACUUCUGAUCAUUAGGGGAAAACCAAAUCAAAUUUUUAAAUUAAAAAGAAAAGUUGAUUCUAUCAUUAAUCUGAAAUCAGAAUUAACGUCAAGCAUUUCACUCAACUACUUUAACCUGUACAGCAUAUUAAAAACACAAAUUGACAUGUGCAGGCCUUGACAGUCAGUUCAUCUAAAACAGGACAUCAUUGAUAAAGAGCACAAUGUUUUUAAUUCCACAAUUACACACUUCUGACAUCCACUUUCUCCCCUCAAAUACCUACCACAGGUGUAAAGCCUCCAGACAAAUGAAUGCCAAAGGUGUGCUAGUUACUAUUACCACAUCAACUUUGUACUAAUUUUGAAGCUAGUAUAGAUUCCUAAUUUGUAGAAAUAGUUAAGCAUCAAAUGCAUGAUGAUGUAUCACUACAUCUAGAAUACUGAUUUUACAAGAUAUUUUGUAUUAAUUUUAUUUAUCUUAUUUAGCUAAGCCUCGAUUUGUUAGUGCUUGUGCUAUGGGGAAUUGAUGCCCACUUAAUUCUGAACAUGUAUUUUUGCCCUGAACCUAUUACCCAAGAAAACCAGCAAUCCCCAAUAUUUUCCAUUUUAAGUUAUUUGGUGAAACAAGAAGGAAAUUCCAUUGUCUUAACUGAGAACAAAACAAAGUCUGGCAGCAAUACUUGGUUCUCAUUUUUCCACACAAGUCAUAAGACUCUGAUGUUCCCAGGUUUUUAGCAAAACAUAAAAAGCAACUUCAAAGCAUGUAAAAAUACAUUCCAAUGUCAAGCCAAAUUUCUAUUAGGAAAAAAAUUAAAACCAUCAAUUCUCUCAUGCCUCUUGUGAUAAAUGCCUAUGAUAGAAAAAACACAGCCAUAAGUGUAAUAAUGUUACAUAAGCAGCAGCCUGUGAUCUUAUCACAAAUCAUUGCUACUAAAACAAGCUCUUUCCAGUAUUAACAGGAUCAGUAAAUAUCACCAAAAAUGUGUAUACACAAAUAUACGCACAUUUUUGUAAUAUAUACACAUGUAAACAUUCUAAGACCCACCUACUACCACACAAUUAAUUUUACAUGAAAAUGUUGUAUAUAUUUUUGAAACUAAUUAUCAUCAGUAAUGCUAAUUAACACUCUUAAUACUUUGUGAGCAAACCAAAGUAGACAAGUGGUACCUUCUGAAUGCUUCAUGCAGGCACCAAGUUAUCUGAUGUGUUUUAUUUACUUUCCCCAUUCACAGCAAGUUAAUCAAAACAUGAAGUGAGAAAGGCUUCAGGAGGGAGGAUUUCCACCUCCUAUUUCUGUGACCAGUACUAAUAUCAAGCUGAAUGUAAACCAUUCUAUUUUUUUCCUAUCACUCAUUUCUGUUCUGUAUUUCCAAUAAAACUUGAAUUUUUGUUCUUGUU